CACAGCCAUAACGACGUUCGACUGGAGUCGCAUUUUAUAAUUAUAAUUUGCUAAAAUGGGCCGUACCAAUGAUAUUCAUUGCCACUUCAGUUCAUUCGAUUUACGCGUAUGAAAAAGAUCGGUCACCAUUUGGACUGUGUGUCAGUCGCGCAUCGUAAUUCGCAACCAGAUUGAAAAAAUACUCAAAAAUUCCAAGCACAUUUUUGUCGAGAAAAAAAAAAAUAAAUAAAAGUAAUAACAAACGUGAGCUUGAGUGUGGCACUUUAAUUUUAGAACAGAAGCGCAGAAGAAUUCCGACACAUAUUCCGUGUGUUUACCCAGAAGAAAUUUGAUUUUCAGUGUGUUGAAAAGUCAAAGCAAGUGCAAAGCGAAUUGUGAAUAAAUUGUGAUAAAUAACAGCAAGAACGGGGGGAAAAAAAUAUCCAGCUGGUUUUGUUACGUUCAACACAAAUUGCGAUUAUUGUUAUAUGAGUAGAGAAAAAAGAAUUGGAAGAUCGAGAGCAGUGCCGAGUACGAAGAAGAAGAAGACAAAGUAGGAGCAAAAAAAGAGAAGAGGGUGACAAUAGAGAGUCAACGUUUAUCGAUAACAAUCAUCUUCAACAAGAGAAUAUAUAAAAUACAUAUGUUAUUUGGUCGGUUGAUUGUUUGUGUGUGUGUGUGUGAAUUCGUGGGGCAAUUUUUUUGAAUGUCUCGCUAUCAGAAGCUGAAUACACACUGAGAAACCAUAGCACGUACGGUGUGUGUGUGUCGAAAACGGAUUCGUAUGACAUUAAACGUCUUGCGUAUUGCGCCUUCGAAACAACGGCGCGUUUAAAUUGCUGAAUAUAUUAAUAAAUAGCACAGAUUGAAUAACAACACAUCGGAGUGAGCGUAUAAUAACAAAGCGCGAUUCAGGCUCAAGCAGAUAGUUUGAAUCAUCAUAUCGUUGUGUACGCUGUGUUGUUCACUCUCCGGUUGAAAGCGUUCAAUAAGCUAGAUUCGAGCAACCAACAACAACAACAACAACAAAAAAACAACAACAGCUAAGAAGACGGAGCGGAAAAAAAAUCUGUGUGUCGAUUGUGUUGCCGGUUUUGUUCAUAUUUUGCGCACUAGCUGGAUUAAUGCGUGUUAUGUGUUAGAUAGAUGACCAAAACAAAAAAAAUCAGCGAGCUGAAAAGAUUUAAAAUAUUCGAUAGAAAAUAGACUUGUUUACACUUGGUGCCAUUCAAUUGAAACAUGGAAGUUUAUACAUCGGACAGCAGCGAUAGCGAUUCACACGAACAGAAAACACUCGAUUACGGUCGUUUGGGUUUGACAGUCGAAUGCUUGGAAGAAAACUUAACACAUUUGCAUAAAAUUAGUAAAUUGACGGAUAUCGAAACGGUGUUACUCAACCACAAUCUGAUUGCAACACUACCAUCGCACACAUUGACGCGUUUCAAUAACUUGCAUGUGCUGGAUCUCAGUUCAAAUGGUUUAACGCAAUUGCCACCAGAUUUACUACAAAUAUGCCCGCUCACCAAGCUCAUUCUAAAGAACAACCUAUUGACGAAUGGAUCAAUUCCGAAAUGCUUGAAAUCGGCCAAACACAAUGGUCUCAGAGAAUUGAAUUUAAGCGGCAAUCUGCUUACACACUUUCCAGAAGCGGUACUCGAAUUGAACAACCUGAAAUACUUGUAUUUGGGCGCAAACAAAAUCACAAGCAUCUCAAAGGACAUUUGGCGACUGCAAAGUUUAAAUGUAUUAUCUCUGGGCGGAAAUUUACUAUCGGAGAUUCCUGAAACCGUUGGAAAUCUUGCUGGACUGCAAGCCUUGACUUUAUGUGAUAAUUUAAUUGAAAUACUACCGGCCAGCAUAGCACGUCUCACCAAUCUAAAAUCAUUGCUUUUGCACAAAAAUCGAUUGCGCCACUUACCGCGUGACAUUAUAACGUUGAAAAAUCUAGUCGAACUCUCGUUGCGAGAAAAUCCAUUGGUUGUGCGUUUCGUUCAGGAAAUAUCAUUGCAUCCACCGACGUUGCUGGAGUUGGCCGCUCGUGUAAUCCGUACAUCAAAUGUAAUAUUUGAACCAAACGAAGUGCCCAAAUCGAUGCGUGACUAUUUGAAUACGGCUCAUUGCUGCGUCAAUCCCAAAUGCAAAGGUGUCUUCUUCGAUAAUCGCAUUGAGCACAUAAAAUUUGUUGAUUUUUGUGGAAAAUACCGUGUACCGCUACUGCAAUAUCUAUGCUCGUCAAAGUGUAUUGAGGGUGUUAACCGCAAUGUUGAGCCACAGCCAAGCUCUAGCUUAAGUGCCAGUGGUAUCAUGAUGCGAAAAGUUCUACUCGGCUAAUAACCAAAUGUUUUUUUUUACUGGAACGAAUGCUGGAUUAUAACGAUGAUAAUACGUUUUAUUGGCCCUAUAAUAAAUACCCCAUAUAAAUAUCAAAGAACAAUCAAUUUACACAAAGAAUAACAACAACAAUAGAAAAACAAUAGAAAAUAAAACCAAUAUUUAACCAUAUUGCAAUUUACAUACAUAUAUUUACAUUAAAAAGUGAUUUUUGAGACGUUGCA